UCUCCAGACAUUGCAACAACGAGCGCUCCCUGCCCGCCAUUACUAACGAACGUUGAUACAACAGACGCUAAUUCUAAGGUCUCCUUGGCAACCUCCGCACCCGCCCAGAGCCCGCCUCUGUUUCACUGGAGCGCAGUUACUGUCGGAUUACGUUGUCUGUUUACUGUAUGUGGAUAACCUGGCAGCCUUGGGGAAGACCGUGGGCGGGAGGAUGAGCUGUCCCCAUUUGUGAAAGAGGUAAAGGUGAUUAAUUGUUCAGAAACUACUAUGAGAUUAAGAGAGCAUAAAGGACUACAGCAGCUGUCUACGUUGACAAAUUCUGUAAAAUCUUUCUUGGGACCAGUAAAAUCAUACAAAUUUAUUUUUGACCAGAGCACAAAUGAAAGUACUUUGACUUGUUCUUCAUUUCAUCUUUUGGAGAGUCUGGACUUAACUAGUAGCGUUGGACAACUUCUUAAUGAAACAGUUCAGGCUCAUCAAAAACGUUAUAAAACUGGAACCACCACUUUGCUUUUGCUUGCUGGGUGUUGGAGCAGUUCUGUACUUGAAUGCCUUCAACAAGGAAUACCAACUUCACUAAUAGCCACGUUACUAAUAGAAGGACUAAACUCUUGCAUAGAGCAAGUCCAACACUUGCUAGUUCCUCUUGAGAAUGUGUCCAUAACCAGAGGUUGUGUAGCUGAAAGGUCUUUUGCCACGGGCCACAUUCAUUGUGUAUCCCUAUGUGAGCAUACAUCAAAGUGUGAGUACCAUUGUGAAGAUCAGGAUUCUAAAAAUAAAACUGUUUCUAAAUGCAAUAACUCUUUUUUAAAUAGUAAGGGUCCCGGAGGCCUACAUCAGCCUAGUGGGACACAUUUUAAAAUCCAGAGUAAUCUGAAAAAGAAGCUUACUCACAGUAGACAUUUCUACGUUUCUGAGCGCACUUUUUGUCAGGAUUUUUCACAAAAGACGGAAGCUGAUUCAUCCUCAAGUCAUACGCUGGAAAAUGUGGCAAGAUCUUUGAGCCAUGGUAGUCAGAACGUUAUGAAUCUGGUGAAAAGUGCGUUUUACCAUUUUGUUGAAAAUGCUAAUGAAACAUCUGUCACCAAAAGCCACAUUCAUGUUUCUCGGCUUUACACUUGCUGUUUACCUGGUUUAUCUGAAGAAUACUGUAAUGCUUCUUUUGGGUUUACAACAUUAGUACCACCAGAGAAUGCAGCUGUCUCUAAUUACCUAAAGGGCAAGUCACUACAAGUCCUUCUUUUAGAUGGUAGCUUAACAGAGAGCUAUCGCCAUAUGGGAUUUAACUGUUCAACCAACCUAAAAAUUGUUUCUGAUCCUUUCAGUGUGAAGAGUAAACGGGAAGAAUCAUGGGUUAGCGGAACAUUCAGUAAAAUUAUCCAAGCCAACGUUAAUUUGAUUUUAUUAAAAGGUGAUAUAUGCCCCAUACUUAUGAAUCAGUGCAUUCAUAGGAAUAUUCUUACUGUUUCUCAUGUACCACAAAAUGUUCUUGAGGCAUUUAGUGAAUCUACACGAGCGAUACCCGUUACGUAUUUAACUCAGCUUAGUCAGUGUUGCAUAGGUAGUGGAGCUUUUGUCAGCAUUUGCACCAAAGGGAGUACAGUAAUAGAAGUAGGUCAAAGAAUUGCCAUUAAUAUUAAUGCAAGGAAAAUGAAUCUAAUAACAGUCAUUCUGAGCAGUAGAAUAGGGUCAAAGAUGCACAUAAUAGAAGAUCAGUUUUGGUCUUCAGCUUACAGGAUACAUCACGCUCUACAAGAGAAAAAAGUGUUUCAUGGAGGUGGAGCUGUGGAGGUUUUGUGUCUUGCUCACCUUAGGAAACUUGAGGAGGAAUGUAUUCAAAAAGAGAGCCCAACUGAAGCAGCAAUGUUUCCCACCAUGUCAUCAUGGAUGGUUAAUGCUUCCAUACAUUAUAAGGCAUAUAUAUUCAAAUGCCUUGCUAAGGGCUGGUAUAAAUAUCUCUCUAUCCUAUUUUGUAAUAUUGGUGAAUAUACUUCAGAACUGGAAGCCAUGACGUUCAUACAGAAGGAACUUCAGAAUAUUAGUUGCUCUUCUUCUCCAUCACAAUACAUACUAAGAGAGUAUAAUAAAAAAAUAUUAUUAAUUGAUAGUUAUACCAAAGGUGGCGUCGAACCAGUGUAUGAUAAUGUUACUCCGAAAAUUGAGGCAUGGCGCCGUGCUUUACAUUUGGUUCUUGCAGUACUUCAGACUGAUGUUGAGAUUAUAACAGUAUCGUCUGCAUAAAAGUGAGCACAUGCAAAUAAAAAAAAUAAGCAUUUCUAUGCUGGGAUGAUUUUAAAAUGAUGGAUAAAAAAUAAGCAUUGGAUAAGCAAAUAAAAAUGAUUUCUUUU